UACAAUUGCUUCUUUUAUUACAAGAGAUCUUCAAACAAACAAAGUCCAAUUUCUUGCAAAUUAAUUAAUAACAGUGUGAUCAUGGAGAUGAUGAAGACUGUGGGGUCGUUCAUGUUCCGCUCUCUGUUUCUCUUUUCUCUUUUGUUGCUCCUCCCCGGUGCCGCCGGCGACGGUCCAAAUCCUAGUCGGAGAUACGGCGAGAUCCCCCUCCCCGGCGGCCUUGGCCCCGAGAGUAUCGCAUUUGACUGCAACGGCGCCGGGCCCUACGUCGGCGUCUCAGACGGCAGGGUCCUCAAGUGGAACGGCCGGUCCCGCGGCUGGUCCGAGUUCUCCAUCCCUCUCCCGAACCGGAACCGAGCUCUCUGCGACGGCACCACCGACCCGAACUCCGAACCUGUCUGCGGCCGGCCUCUGGGCCUCAAGUUCAACCGCGCCACCUGCGAUCUCUACAUCGCCGACGCCUACUUCGGCCUCCUCAGGGUGGGGCCCGCCGGCGGGGUCGCCGAGCACCUGGCCGACUCGGCGGAGGGAGUCCGGUUCCGGCUCACCAACGGUCUGGACAUCGACGAGAGAACCGGAGUCGUGUACUUCACCGACAGCAGCGCGGUUUUCCAGCGCCGAGAAUAUCUCAAGUCGUUCAACAGAGGAGAGAGAACCGGGAGGGUGUUGGCGUACCACGCGCGGGACAAGCGCGUGAGGGUUCUGUACAGGGGGCUGGCUUUCCCCAACGGGAUCGCCCUGAGCAGGGACGGGUCUUUCCUCGUAGUGGCGGAAGGCGGGACGCGGAGGCUGUACAAGUUCCGUCUCGGCGGCGGCGGCGGCGGUCUGGCGCCGCCGGAGUUGUUUGCCCAGCUGAUAAGGGCGCCGGAUAACGUGAAGAGGAACCGUAGGGGGGAGUUCUGGGUGGCGCUCAACAGCGGGAGGUCGGAGCUGAGGGACGAGACGCUUGCCGCCGGCGGAGACGUCGUUAGAGAUUCGAUCGGGAUCAAGUUUGCGGAGGACGGUCGGAUUGUGCAGUUUCUUGACGGCCACGGCAGCGACCGUUUGAGCUCCGUGACCUGGGAGUUACAGACACGCACAAACCUUUCCUUUCUUCCCUGCGUCCGUUUUCCUUCGCUGUUUUGCUCGUUCCCUCUGCACGCUGCGCCGACGACGAGAGGCGACCAGGAAUCCGACGCCGCCGACCGCUUCCGUUUAUCUCUCUCUCUCUCUCUCGCUACUGUUCCGGUUCGCGUGCGCCAGGCCGACGAGGAGCAGCGGCGACCAACCCUUCCUAUCUAAGAUCCGAUUUCUUCAACUUUUGAGGUAGGAACACAGAUUUGGAUGGGCAACCCGGAGGGCAGUGAAGUGGUGGUGUGGCGUGGAUGGCUCUUGUUUACUUUAAUAAUUAAACUACAUUAUUUUAUUUGAUUAUAUGAACGGUUGAACGUUACUUUGGUUUCCUUAUGCUUCCGCGACGUUUGGAUUUAUUUAAAUAUUCUGGUGAAUUCGGGUUUAGUUAAAACCCUACGGACGAAUUUUACAAUUGAUUUAAUUGUUCAAUUUAGGAAAAAAAAAUUUAGGCAUGUG